GAGAAUCUCAUUCCGAACCAGAACAGCCUCAGUACCGUUUCCACCUUCACUGUGCGGAGAAAUAGAGAGAUCCUUCGCAUGAUCAAAUUCAACCAAAAGCAGAUUAAUUCACACAAGAAUGGAGGAGACGGGUAAAGCAAACGAGAGAUGGAAGGCAUCACUCUUGAAUUUGUCGGAGAUGGGGGCCAAUCUAGAUUCUCUCCACAAGCUGAUCAUUAAGAAAGCUAUCUUCGUGGACGAAGAAACGUUCGCUAAAGCCUCCCUGAGCUCCGAGCAGGCACGAAUUAUCAAGACACUUGAACAAAGGGUAGAGACAUUAGAACGGGAGCUUGAUGCUGCGAUUACAUCUGCAGCUCGUGCUCGUGCAGAGAAGCGACAGGCUGAAGCAGCCCAACGAGCUGCUGAGUUACAUGUACAAGAGGUUACAAGGGAGCUUGAGAACACCACAAAGGUAUUCAAGCUGCACAUGGAGGAGUUGCGUGCAAAGCAAGAACAGAUAUCCAGGAAAGAUGAUGAGAUUAGAGUUUUGGAAGCUAUAAUUAAGACACUGGGUGGAAAAAAAGAUUCAUCAGCCACAAAUGUGUGAGUUCAAUAUUGUAAAUGUGAUUUUUCAUGUAAUAUUGGAGUUGUUGUUUUCUGGUGUUUUAAAACAUUCUUCAUUGGUAUACCCCAUUCAAAGAAGUCUAAUAAGGAAAUGGAUGUGCUUGCUGACUCUCUCUUCGGAAUUAUUUAUGUUUCUAUUUAUCUGACACAUUUCUAUUUGUUGCAAGUGUUUGAUAUGAUUUAUGACCUUUAUUUCUAUUUAGUAUAAAAUUAAAAUAAAUCAAAAGUCAUAAAUAGUUGAAGAGCU